CUCAGCUGUCUGCUGAUUGGCUCCUGCUCACUGGCUCAGCUGUCUGCUGAUUGGCUCCUGCUCUCUGGCAGAUUGCCAACAUGCUGUACCUGGAGUCUCCAGCAGGGGUUGGCUUCUCGUACUCUGAUGAUCACAACUACGCCACCAACGACACGGAGGUGGCGCUGGUCAACUUCCUGGCCCUGAAGGAGUUCCUGCGCCUGUUUCCUGAGUUCAGCUCCAACCAGCUGUUCCUGACUGGAGAGAGUUACGGAGGAAUCUACAUCCCCACCCUGGCUGAGAGGGUGAUGGAGGACUCCACCCUCAACCUGCAGGGCGUUGCCGUGGGAAACGGGAUGUCCAGCUACGAGAUGAACGACAACUCCCUGGUGUUCUUCGCCUACUACCACGGCCUGCUGGGCGACCGGCUGUGGACGCAACUGCAGAACGCCUGCUGCUCCGACAGCUGCAACUUCUACAACAACCCCAACCCCAACUGCACCGACAGCCUGGCAGACGUCCAGGACAUCAUCUACAGUUCAGGACUCAACAUGUACAACCUGUACGCCCCGUGUCCCGGGGGGGUCGCUCAGAGACUCAGUGUGGAGCGUCAGACGCUGGUGAUCCGAGAUCUGGGAAACUCCUUCAUCCAGCAUCCCAGCAGCCGGCUGUGGAAGCAGAAGCUGCAGAGCCUGCUGUUCCAGCGCCGCUCCGUCCGUCUGGACCCCCCCUGCACCAACUCCACCCCGUCCUCUCUGUUCCUCAACGACCCGUAUGUGAGGAAGGCGCUGCACGUCCGGGCCGCCGCGCUGGACUGGGUCAUCUGCAGCUCCGAGGUGAACCUGAAGUACGGCCGGCUGUUCCUGGACGUGAGGAAGCAGUACCUGAAGCUGCUGUCGGCCCUGAAGUACCGGGUUCUGGUCUACAACGGGGACGUGGACAUGGCCUGUAACUUCAUGGGGGACGAGUGGUUUGUGGAGUCUCUGCAGCAGCAGGUGGAGGUCCAGAGACGUCCCUGGCUCUACGACGACGUGGACGGACGGCAGGUGGGCGGCUUCGUCAAAGAGUUCGACAACAUCAGCUUCCUGACAGUGAAGGGCUCCGGUCACAUGGUUCCAUCAGAUAAACCGGUGGCGGCCUUCACCAUGUUCUCCAGGUUCAUCAAGGGACAGCCGUUCUGACCUCUGACCUCUGCUGGACCGCCUGGGACCCUCAGGCUGCCGUCCUCCUCUCACUGCCAGCCAAUCACAUCUCCUCCUCCUCCUUCUCUCUGACAGCCAUCUGUUUCCAUGGAAACGUCCCGUUUUCAACCUGAGUCUUUUAUUAAAGUUUAAAUUUGGUUUUAA